AUGGGUGAGCCACCCGCAGAGUUCAAAGAGAUUGUCCACAAACAGCUGCUGCAGGGCUCCUACGGUGCUUUGCAUGCGGAAAAAGAGCGUGAGCGCGAAGCGCGUGCCCGCGAAAGGGAGCUCGAAGAGGCCCGAAGGAAAGCCGAGGCUGACGCGCUGGCACGCGCGCAGGCCGAGGCGAUGGCGCAAGCAGAGGCAGUAAAGGCACAGCUCCUGGCGCAGGAGCAGGCACAGGCUAUCGUCAUCGAGAUCGGCCCCGACGGCAACCCCAUCGACCCCAACCCUGCGGCGGCGCCUGCGCCACCCGCAGAGGGCGCGCCGCCGCCGGCGGAGGGCAUGCCUCCCGGGGAGGCGGUGCCCAUGGAUGUGCAGGCUACCGAGGGUGCCCCUGCUACCGGUGAGGUGAAGCAGGAGCAGACAGAAGCUAAGCCCGACGUGAAGAUGGAGGGCGAGGUGAAGCUGGAGGAGGUGAAGCAGGAAGAAGAGGAGAAGAAGGUGGAAGUCGAAGAGCCUGAGGAGCCCAGGCCUGUAGCGACCCUCACGGACGAGGAGAAGGCCAUCUUCUUCACGCCGAAGGCAGCGACAGACCUCACCAGCUGGACACUGGGAGGUCACUUUGCCAAGUUCUGCCUCCCCGAUGCAGACGAGGGCUUCGACGAGAUCCGCUUCGCCUGGAACCCACAAGAGGUCUGCAAGGAUUACCUGCACAAGUGGGUCCUCAAGCACAAGAUCCUCUGUCGCAUGGAAGACAUCGUCCCAUCUGACUGGUUUCACCUGAAGUCCUCAGAGUGGCAGAAAGUCCUGGCCGACUGGCAUAGCAAGCAAGGAGAGUUUGCGGCCAAGCAGGCUUACCGGGAUGAUGAUCCUCCAGAGGUGGACGGGUCGUCCGUGACCGACGUGAUGGGAGUACCGGACAUCUGCAAUGUCGUCAAUGGGGAGCCGCUGUUUGCCAAGUUCACCUUCGAGGACUGGGCGCUGCUGAGUUUGCGAUUGGAGCUUCACCUGCUCGUCCACAGCUUCCGACGUGAUGCCCAGGACGACGAAAGAAUAGGCAUCCAUGAGUCGCACCUGCCGUUCUACUACAACAAGUACUAUAAGAAGACUUUCAACGUGAAGCACUAUGGGGUGGAGAACAAUGCCGCCCUGCUCUCCUUCAUUAAGGACACGGUCGUGAUCAACCCGGAAAACAUGGUAAUUCAGGCUCAGCUCGCGGAAGAAGUCGACAGCUUCGACAUUUUCGUCAAGCUGACGGAGGAAGCGCGGCGAGAGCGCUUCAAGAAGCUGGAGCAAGGGGAUGAGAGCGCCAGGCUACGGUUCGCCCGCCCCGAAGAGAUCCGGGCUAUGGAGCAGCAGCAGAAGGGAGCCUACGGCAAGGGUGCCCAGUUCGGCAAGGGCGGAGCCCCUGCUCAGGGCGGCUUCAAGGGCGCCCCCGCGGCGGGUUACAGAGGCGGUGCUACUGGCCAAUUCCAGCAGCAAGGCAGGGGCUACCCGGCACAGCAGCAGCAGAUGCAGCAGCAACAGCAGCGUGCCUACCAGCAGCAAAGAGGCCAGCAGCAGAUGACCCCGCAGCAGAUGCAGCAGAUGCAGCAGCAGCAGAUGAUGCAGCAGCAACAGAUGCAACAGCAACAGGGUUAUACUGCGGCCUUCAGACGGUAA